AGAGAGAGCGAGAGAAAAAGAGAGAGAGAUAGGGGCAUUUCCACUUGGUUUACUCUUUCCCCCCCUGCCCCGCCCUCCAUGGCGACUCGCUGGCUCCGGGAAAUUUGGCAACUGGGAGUCCGGGGAGGGCUGAGACCGAGAGCGGCCGCGGCCGGCUGUUCCAGGUAUAUGCCAUGCUGUGGAAAUCUGGUGAUCCGAGACCCUCAUACUAUCAGCAGUCUUGAUUGGGAUCUCAGUGGUCAGCACAGUCGGACAUUUAUCAGCUUUACAGGACCUUUCAUCAACAAACGGAAGGAAUAUUCAGAGAGGAGGAUCAUUGGUUAUUCCAUGCAGGAAAUGUAUGGUGUUGUGGCCAAUGUGAAUGAAUAUAAGGAAUUUGUUCCAUGGUGUAAAAAAUCAACUGUUGUCUCUAAGCGAGCCGGUCAUGUGAAGGCCCAGCUGGAAGUUGGAUUCCCUCCUGUUGUGGAACGUUACACCUCUAUUGUGACAUUGGUGCAACCCCACUUGGUAAAGGCAGUCUGCACUGAUGGGAAGCUUUUCAAUCAUUUGGAGACAAGCUGGCGUUUCAGUCCUGGCAUUCCAGGCUAUCCUCGCACGUGUACCCUGGACUUCGCAAUCUCUUUUGAAUUUCGUUCCCUGCUGCACUCGCAGUUGGCUACAGUUUUUUUCGAUGAGGUAGUAAAGCAGAUGGUGGCAGCCUUUGAGCGCCGGGCAGCGAAGACUUAUGGCCCGGAGACCCACAUUCCUCAAGAACUCAUGUUCCACAAAGUCCAUCAGACGUGAAGGGUGCCUGCUGCUUUGGUCACUCUGCGGACACUUGACAUUGGGCGUUUGCUUACAGCAUCCCCAGCUGUUUGUUUUUAUCUUAUUUAUUUGGUUUCUCCUGAUAUCCUGUUUAAUUUAUCCACUGGGCCUGGUGUGAUGACCAAGACUUAUUCCUAAGGAAAGGGUCAGAGUGCCACGUUACCUCUGGAGCAACGUCUCAGUCUUCACUUUUAUUUUACCCGACCGGGCUUUUAUGCUGGGUUCUUUUCUUUUUAGCAUACUUUAUUUGAAGCUUCUUUCUAUGAAACAUACCACUGUGGCUGCCUUAGGUUGUAGUUUGUGCUGUUCCUUGACUUCUUGAGAAAGAGGUAGCCAAAGCUCAUUAAGUUCUCUCAGUGGGCCUAAGGAAGACCAGUUGAAAAUUGUGCCUCUUAAAUUGUGUUUUAAAGGAAAAUAACAGUCCACUUCUUGAUAAAAGAGAAUGGCCUACAGUUGUGGCCCUGGGGGUGGCUUUGGCAGUCAGUGAUACAUUGGGUUCUUCCACCUUUCCUUUUCAUCACUGGCUUAGGUCAGAAAGAAAUGGCAGCCACUUAGCUGCUCUGCGAGUGCCUUUUUUGAGAGAAUGAUGGGGGCCAAGGAAAGGCUUUCUUUGUGGGGUUGGGAUUAUUUUAGAAAACAGAUGUUGCUCUUAAUGAAAGUAUUUUGAGAUAGGAAGGAAUGUGAGGGACAAAAGAGAGUGGCCCUUCCUAUUGCAGGACCACUGAAGCUUUCUUUAAUGUCCAGCUUGUAAUGUCCAGCCUUCCAAGACGAUUUCAUACCAGUUUCAAAACUCAAAUGUUCCCCGACCAGCGGAUGUUUUGAUGGCAAGCACUUCAGAAGUUCAGCAGCCAGGAUAUUUCGGGAGCAAUUAAAACAGCAAAGCCACCCUAUGACCUAACUUUUUCAGUUUACUCAGCUCCACCUCUUUAUGCUGCUCUGCAAGAAGAGACUGGAACAUGGUGUUAGAAGGCCGAGGGCUUCUGCUCUGAAGAAACAGAUCCCGAUUCUUCAAAACCACGGUUUGUCUUCCAUCACAUAUUUCUGUGCCAUGAGUGGCUGUAUCCAUUGUGGGCUUAUAUCCCCAUUGUGGGUAUACCCCGAACCCUCCCUUUUCCCACUCCAUUAACACUAAUUUUGUGUUGCCCAGCUUGGUCUGAACCCUCCAUCUCCUUUCUAGUUACCCAAGGAGUUUUUAUUUUGGUUAAAAGCACUAUUUGCACAAACCACAUGGGUGUAGGAUUGCCAAGGCUAGGAAGAGAGUGCCACUUCGGCUGUGUUUCUGUGGAGGGAUUGAACAAACUCCUUCUAGUGUCUCCUUUACCCUGUAGACCUGUGUCACCCUGAGAGAGAUGCUAAAAAUUCUGGUGUGUGUGUGUGAAUGUGCGGUUUGGUGAAGAUGCAACUUUGGGGGAGGGCGAGAGAAAUACUAGUGGAUCAAUAUGUAUAUUUUUUUAUGGAAAGGGCUGGGCAUCAAUGUAAACUCAUAAAAAUGAAUAAAUGUUUUCCUGGGGGUGGGUGGGUGUAAAAUAAUCAGCCUAAAAGUUAGGCCCUGCUUCAAUGUGCCACAAGUUAGCAAAAGGAAUGGCUCAGUGGGGAUAUGUGACUACAACGAUUUUCCUCAGAACUUUCUCCUUAGGGUCAGAAUCUCCAGGCUUCAUUUGUCAUAGAUAAAAAGCCUAACAGAUUUGAGUAAUGAGGAGUGAGCAAUGCAUAGAUCCAGGGGGAUAUUUGAGCAUUACUUGGAAUACAUGAAGAAGAUUCCUUUGAUGUACAGAUGGAGUAAAUCUGCCUGGGCUGCUUCUGUCUGUGGACUGUAACUCUUGCCAAACUCUGGAAGGAAUUGCUUGCUGCAAAGCAGCUUGGCUUUGAGGCGGUUCCCAUGAAUCAGUCAGCUGCCACUUACUCUUCCUGGAUUUUGGAGUGUUGGCUCCAUUGUCAUAGCCGAGCUGUGUGGAUUGGGCCCUAGAACGGCUACCUUUUUCUUAGCAAAUUCCCAGCUAUCAUCAUUCAUAUUUAAAUAUGCUUCUCUUCCUUCCAUCCUCACAAACUCAACUGCUUCAUUCCUGUAAAAUGCUUUUGAGGUCCUUCACUUAUCUUAGUUUUGAUGUUGUGUGCUAUGCAUGGCAAGCUUCCACACAGAGGGCACAGACUGCAGUAGUCUUUUCUUAAGUCUCAGACUUAAGGAGGCAAGAUUGUGUUUGUGUUUUUAAAUUGCGCUGCCUGGAAUGCUUGCCUGAAAAAGUAUGUUCCCCUCCCCCUGUUUUUUUAAGAGUGGUGAAAUCACUCAUAGGAAACUUCAAAUAUCUAACUGUCUAACAAAAUCUAAGUUAUCAUAGCAUUCUAUCUUCCUCAGCAGGCCGUAUCUUGGGUUAUGAUUUUAAAAAGAAAAAAUCCAGCAAAUUUAUAGAGAUCUUUCUGACUAGCUGCCCUUGUUAUACAAGGAGGAUGACCAGUUGGGCCAAUAGUAAAUACUAAGUUUCAGUGACACAGAACGGAGCCUUUGCAUUUAAAUCCAGUAAUGCAUGGCAGACUUUCACACUGAAUGUAUGAGCUGGAAGCAACACUCUGAAAGAUCUGAAUACAGGAUAUAUUUUAACGAAACUCAGUUAUUGUCUGGGAGAAUGGGGCACGUUCAAAUCCCAGCUAACCCUUUUUUCAGCUGUGUAACUAUACUAUGAGGAAUAAGCAUUUUAAAACAGUUGAUAUACUGGUAUUAAUAAUAAUGCAACUUAAAGAACCAACACUUCCCCAAGGAUUUUGAAAUAUAUUCUCGGUCACCUUAAUUGACCAAAGCUGCAAACCCUAUUCAUGCUUCCUUGAAAUUCAAUCCUGCUGAACAUGGUUAGACUUCUGUAUAAUCACAUUAAGGACUGCCCACGUUUAGAACAACUAGAUAGCUGUGCAACUGUCCAAAAGAAAGAUUAAGGGCAUUUGUGACAGCAGCAGACUUACUGCUUUGAUUACAUGCCGCUAUUGCUGUUCUCCAGGAGUAAAAACCAAAUCAAACCAGAGCUUGAUGUAUGUAGAAAUCAGUUUCCAAAGAAACCUAGUAUUCUCUUUUUAAAAAGUUUCUAGUUGCUAGGAACGUUUAUGAAUCAGAAACAAGCCAGUCAUCUUGCUGCUGCCUAUCUGUAAUUUCAAGAUAAAAUGAAGAAUUAUGCAAUGUCCAUAUUGUUCAGUAAUAGAAAUCCUAGAAUGCUAGUUUAGAAUAACACUUGCCCUGGCAUCAAUUUGAUUUCUGAAUAACAGUACACUAGUGCCAGGAUUGUCUGCCUUUUCUUUUUCAUGCGGAGAUCAGCUGUUGCUCUACAAAGCUGGUUUGUUGGUGAGUAUAAGGUAUACCUCACACAGUUGUUUUGUAAUAAUAGUCACUAUGAAGAAUGCUGACUUCACAGCGGCCCCUUUUAGCACAGGUGAAUACCCCUAAAACUAAAAGAUAAUUUUGCAUCCAUUAAUUUGCCAAGAGGGGACCAAAUCUGGCUGUUAAUGAAGGCAUGGUGGCUAUUUUUAGUCACUUACAGGCAAAUUAAUCUUGAAAUAUAUUAGAACUUUUUUUCAAGGAGCAGGAUUCAGAGUUGCAGCUGUUUACUUUAAAUUAUUCUAAAUGAAAUCCUUGAAUCAUUGCAGUAAUUGUAUUUGUGACCACCUCCACUGAAGUAGCUUUUAUGCAGAUCCAGAUACUUGAACGAGAGUCCCAUUGAAAUCAGUUGGAUGUUAAACUAGGCACGCAAUCGAAAUUGGGUGUUGUGGCAUACUUAACCAAUUUAUAAAGUGAGAUUAAGCAGGCUAUCCUGCCUGGGUGCUUUUUUUUUUUUUUACAUUUUGUUCCUGAAGUUUCCUAUCGGUUUUAGCAUGUGGUGUUUUAUUUGCUGCCAUCUAAUGAACCUGAAGAAUAUAAGUUUUUUUCAAGUCCAUCUGUAUUAAAUGCCUAAUUUUGCUGCUGUCCUUUGUCAAAACAGAUGUCUUAAAUUUGUGCCUUCUGUUUCUCCCUCUGCACAUAUUUUUUAUUGAAUUAGCUCUCUUAUGUUCCUUAGCCUGUUACGUGCUACCUCACAUUGUAAAGCAAGGAUAUGUUUGUAGACAAAAAGAGUAGACAGAAUCAUGCAGAAUCAGUAAAAGAAAUUAUUUUCCCCUAUCCUUUUUUCCUUAUUUGAUUAUUAAAAACUGAACUGCAUUUUUAUAGAGACUAAUAAAAUAUGUUUGCGAAAAGAUGCAGUAAUUCCCCGUCAGAUGUUGUGGCUUAUAUGAGGGCAGGGAUGUGUUGAAAGUCAGCAGAACAUCUUAUGGGUCAUGGGACAUUAGAUUGCAGUUGCUAAAUGCGGACAACAAAAUUCCCCUUCUAGUGUAGGCAAGUAUCCGCCUACGUCAACCACUGCUAUGCUCUGGAAGUAUGGGAGGCCUCUCUGGGUGCUUGUACUCUCAUGCCCUCAAUUCUAUGAGAAAUGUGGAGCACUGAACUCUUUUACAAAACUGAUAGCCACCCACUGCAGUGGAAGUGAGGUGAAUUAGCACUGGCCUUACAAGAAGUGAACAUUAAGCAUUGAUUUUGCGUAGAAGAGACACAGCAAAUACUGCGGAACUGUAGCAAUAGCCAACUCUAUCCAAGCUAAGACAUGGUGUAGAUAUGUUAACACAGCCUAUGCAGCUCUAGAAGAAUGGGAUGUUUCAGAUUGAGACUUCUGGAACUCAUACAGGUUUCUGUACCUGAAGCCAUGCUCACAACUUCUGGAGAAAAUAUUUGUUAAUGUUGCCACUGGCCACCUCACUGCUUUGAUUUAUUCAGGGGGAAGUAAUCUUCAGUAGUUGAAGGAUGGAGGGGGGGGAUGUGUACCAUUUCCCCAGAAGAUGUCUUGCUGAUUCAUUAAGAAUUCAAAUUUUUGUUAUGCAUAUUUAGAUCAAAGCACUAGAAAGGUGUUGAAAGAAAACAAAAAAAUACUUCAGCUGAAUGAAAUUGGUCAGCCAUUCGAAGAAUAUUAACAUUUUGCCUGACUCCCAGUGACAUGUGUGCACACACAGACAAGAAUCCCGAUAGCUUAAAUUGUAUUUUAUAAAAACCUAUGCCACAUUUAGCUCCAGUGGUCCCUAGCAUGUUGCAAAAUUUCCAGUCAAAAUCGGAGUUGGGUCUUUUGUUACUUGGCUUUCAGUAGAGAGUUGACAGUCAUUUGAUAGUGAGAUGGGCAGCAUAUAAAUUUAAUAAAUAAUAAAGCAAAAUCCCACCAGAGAAUUCUUCCACUCGUUUGGAUCCUCGAGAUUUUAUUUGUAUGGACCCAUUCAUGUGGGAUUGACAGCUCAGCUUCCCCCCCCCCCUUAACUCAGUAUCUGAGAGCCAUUAUCUAUGGUUUUAUGUGUGGUGUGUGACCUAGUCUAUAAUUUUCAGUCAUAUAUAUACACUUUUGCUUAUUGAAAUACCACUAUUUUAGUGAUAUGUGUCACUUUCUGGACACAUAGAAAACAUACUGCUGUACAUUUCAUAAAAAGUAGCUUUCAACUUUUAAGUGUCUCAGUAUUUCCCAAAGAAAACUUUUAAAACAGAAGCUGAAUAGAUUAUUAAAUGUGCAUUUUAAAGUGCUUCCCAUCUUGAACCCUGUCCGGUUAGUCAACCUAAUCUCAGAAUGAAAUACACAUCUUUGAGCUUAUUAAACCAAAGCUCACAAUGGAGGUUUCAAAUUCAGCGAUAUAUUUCUUUAAAGCAAAAAACAUUCAAAAUAGGAUAGCCUGUACAGUAAUGCAAAAUGGUGCUAUUCAGAGGAAACCUGUUAUCAAAUGCUUUUCUCAUUAAUGUGUUUACUUAACUCUAUGAUGAUGCUGGAUCAAACAAAAAACUAUAGUGAUUUGAAUUUUCAAAUAUAGCCUCUGCUUUCUGGUGUGUCCACAAGAGACCUAAGGUUAUUUAUAGAAUGUUUCUGGGAAGUUCAUUCCAGCUGAAUUUCAUUCCCCACUAUGGCACACAUCCAACCAAUCUACAGCAGAUGUUGACUUCUUGCCAGUGUGCACUAUGCACUUCAAGGACAAAAAAAAAGUUUGUUCUCAAGUUGAACUGAGUUUUUGACUGGCAAAUCUAAUGUCAACUUUUGUACUACAUCUACAAGCCUGCAGCCAAAAGUCUACAACCACUAUGUUUUUUCUGAGUUUGCAAGAAACAAUGAAUCAAUUUACUGUAGGUUGUGCAUCAACAUUUUAGUUUAUGUUUGAAUACCGCAUGUGAACGCAGAAUAUUGAAUAAAACGCAGAAUAUUGAAUAAAACAAAUGAGUGCUGUAUAGCAUA